AUGGAUCGUCAGAAUCAAGAUCUUCAGAGUGCAGUAUCGCGAGAUGAUCUUCAAGCGAUCAAAGGCCUAUUACAAAAAAGUUCUGACGUAAACCAAUCAGAUAAAAACGGAAACACUCCAGUACACAUGGCCGCACAACGUGGCAAGGAAGAUAUCAUGGAGUUUCUCAUUGAACACGGUGGUGAUGUAGAAAAGGAGAAUGAAGAUGGACAGACACCCUUACAUCUUGCUGCAUUAUAUGGUAACCUUGAAGCAACAAAAGUAAUACUUAGCCAUGGUGGAAAUGUGAACAAAGAGGACAACACAGGCUACAAUGCAUUACUCAAAAGCGUAAGGAAUGGUCACAAGGAUGUAGUGAGAUACUUCCUCAGUCAGGGCACCAGUAUUAAUAAGGUCAAUAGUAAAGGAUGGACACCCUUGUAUAUCGCUGCCCGUUAUGGCAGGAUUGACAUGUUGAAAUACUUGAUCAGUGAAGGAGCCGAUGUACAUUACACUCAGCAAAACAAUUUAUUGCCAUUGGCAAGCGCUUCAUCAUCUGGUCAUGCAGAGGUAGUGAAAUAUCUUGUAAGUCAAGGAGCUGAAGUGAAUAAAGGAGAGGGUGAUGGUUGGACUGCAUUACACAGUGCUGCACAGAAAGGUCACCUUGAAGUCAUCAGAUAUUUGAUCAGUAAAGGAGCUGAGGUGAAUAGGGUUGAUGAUAACGGUUACAGUGCAUUGCGUGGUUCUGCUUUCAAUGGUCAUAUUGAGGUUGCAAAAUAUCUGAUUAGUCAGGGAGCGGAGGUGAAUACGGGAGAUAAUGAGGGCACGACUCCUUUAUAUGUUGCUGCUCAAGAAGGUCAUCUGGAUACAUGUGAAUAUCUGAUUAGUCAAGGAGCUGAGGUGAACAAAGGAACGAAUGAUUGUGGGACAACAUUACACAGUGCUGCUCAGGAAGGUCAUCUUAAUAUCACCAGAUAUUUGAUAAGUCAAGGAGCUGAGGUGAAUACGGGAGAUAAUGAGGGCAUGACUCCAUUACAUGUUGCUGCUCAAGAAGGUCAUCUAGAUACAUGUGAAUAUCUGAUUAGUCAAGGAGCUAAGGUGAACAAAGGAACGAAUGAUGGUGGGACAACAUUACACAGUGCUGCUCAGAAAGGUCAUCUUAAUAUCACCAGAUAUUUGAUAAGUCAAGGAGCUGAGGUGAAUAAGGGGGAUAAUGAGGGCAUGACUCCAUUACACGUUGCUGCUCAAGAAGGCUAUAUGGAUACAUGUGAAUAUCUGAUUAGUCAAGGAGCUGAGGUCAACAAAGGAACGAAUGAUGGUGGGACAACAUUACACAGUGCUGCUCAGGAAGGUCAUCUUAAUAUCACCAGACAUUUGAUAAGUCAAGGAGCUGAGGUGAAUAAGGGAGAUAAUGAGGGCAGGACUCCAUUACACGUUGCUGCUCAAGAAGGUUAUAUGGAUACAUGUGAAUAUCUGAUUAGUCAAGGAGCUGAGGUCAACAAAGGAACGAAUGAUGGUGGGACAACAUUACACAGUGCUGCUCAGGAAGGUCAUCUUAAUAUCACCAGAUAUUUGAUAAGUCAAGGAGCUGAGGUGAAUAAGGGGGAUAAUGAGGGCAGGACUCCAUUACACGUUGCUGCUCAAGAAGGUCAUCUGGAUACAUGUGAAUAUCUGAUUAGUCAAGGAGCUGAGGUGAAUAAGGGAGAUAAUGAGGGUUCGACUCCUUUACAUGUUGCUGCUCAAGAAGGUCAUCUGGAUACAUGUGAAUAUCUGAUCAGUCAAGGAGCUGAGGUGAAUAAGACAGAUGAUGAGGGCAGUACUCCUUUACACCUAGCUGCUCAGGAAGGUCAUCUUAAUAUCACCAAAUAUCUGAUCAGUGAAGGAGCUGAGGUGAAUAAGGGAGAUGAUGAGGGCUGGACUCCUUUACAUGUUGCCGCUCAAGAAGGUCAUCUGGAUACAUGUGAAUAUCUGAUUAGUCAAGGAGCUGAGGUCAACAAAGGAACGAAUGAUGGUGGGACAACAUUACACAGUGCUGCUCAGGAAGGUCAUCUUAAUAUCACCAGAUAUUUGAUAAGUCAAGGAGCUGAGGUGAAUAAGGGAGAUAAUGAGGGCAUGACUCCAUUACACGUUGCUGCUCAAGAAGGUUAUAUGGAUACAUGUGAAUAUCUGAUCAGUCAAGGAGCUGAGGUGAAUAAGACAGAUGAUGAGGGCAGGACUCCUUUACACCGAGCUGCUCAAGAAGGUCAUAUGGAUACAUGUGAAUAUCUGAUCAGUCAAGUAGCUGAGGUGAAUAAGGGAGAUAAUGAGGGUUUCACUCCUUUAAAUGUUGCUGCUCAUAAAGGUCAUAUGGAUACAUGUGAAUAUCUGAUUAGUCAAGGAGCUGAGGUGAAUAAGGAAGAUAAUGAGGGUUCGACUCCAUUACACAGUGCUGCUCAGGAAGGUCAUCUUAAUAUCACCAAAUAUCUGAUCAGUGAAGGAGCUGAGGUGAAUAAGGGAGAUGAUGAGGGCUGGACUCCUUUACAUGUUGCCGCUCAAGAAGGUCAUCUGGAUACAUGUGAAUAUCUGAUUAGUCAAGGAGCUGAGGUCAACAAAGGAACGAAUGAUGGUGGGACAACAUUACACAGUGCUGCUCAGGAAGGUCAUCUUAAUAUCACCAGAUAUUUGAUAAGUCAAGGAGCUGAGGUGAAUAAGGGAGAUAAUGAGGGCAUGACUCCAUUACACGUUGCUGCUCAAGAAGGUUAUAUGGAUACAUGUGAAUAUCUGAUUAGUCAAGGAGCUGAGGUGAAUAAGGGAGAUGAUGAGGGCUGGACUCCUUUACAUGUUGCCGCUCAAGAAGGUCAUCUGGAUACAUGUGAAUAUCUGAUCAGUCAAGGAGCCGAGGUGAACAAAGGAAAUAAUGAUGGUAUGACUGCAUUACACAGUGCUGCUAUGAGUGGUCAUCUUGAAGUCUUGAAAUAUCUUAUCAGUGAAGGAGCUGAAGUCAAUAAAGGAGACGGUGAUGGUUUGAACCCUUUGCAUUAUGCUGCUCAAGAUGGUCAUCUUGGUACCUGCGAUUAUCUGCUCAGUCAAGGAGCUGAGGUGAAAAACGGAGAUGAUGGUGGCUGGAAUAUAAUAAGUGCUGCUUCCGACGGUCAUAUGUUUAUUGUCAAAUAUCUUGUCAGUCAAGGAGCAGAAGUCAACGAGGAAGAUUCGAAGGACUGUACUUCUUUACACUAUGCUGCUAAAGGAGGUCAUCUUGGCACCUGCGAUUAUCUGCUCAGCCAAGGAGCUGAGGUAAAAGACGGAAAUAGUGACGGCUGGACUCUUUUUAGUGCUUCUGCCAACGGUAAUACAUUCAUCGCCAAAUAUCUGAUCAGUCAAGGUGCUGAGGUUAAUAAGGGGUACAGUGACGGCUGCAGUCCAUUACAGGUUGCUGCUCAAGAAGGUCAUAUUGACACGUGCGAAUAUCUGAUCAGUGAAGGAGCUGAGGUUGGCGAGGGAGAUGCCGAUGGUUGGACCCUAUGUAGUGCUGCUCUUAACGGUCACCAAAUCAUCACCAAAUAUUUGAUCAAUCAAGGUGCUAAGGUGAAUGUUAUACAUAGCAAUGGUCGAACUGCGUUACACAUUGCUGCUCAGAAUGACCAUCUUGAAGUCACCAAGUGUCUUUUAAGUUAUGAGGCAGAUGUCAAUACGGCCGAUAAUCAGGGAUGGACCCCCUUGCACGUUGCUGUUGAAAGAGGUCAUUUUGAUAUAUGCGAGUAUCUGAUUGUUCAAGGAGCUGAGGUUAAUUCUGCUGAUAACAAGGGCUGCACAGGUUUACACUUUGCUGUUGAAAAUGGCAAUCUCGAUAUCACGAAACACUUGCUUCGUCAAGGAGCUAAGGUUAACAAAGAAAAUAACCAGGGUGAUACACCAUUACACAUUUCCGUUAAAAAAGGUUUCUUCGAGCUUGUUCAAGUUCUACUUUCAGAAGGAGCAUGUUUUUCUGAUGACAAGGACGACCAGAUGCCAUUACACCAUGCAUUGACUCUUGGGUUCAAAGAUAUCACCGAUCUACUCAUUGCUGAUUGGAAUUCAAAGAUAUCCAAUGAAUACUACAAUGGGGCGUUACCUCCUGAGAAGGGAAUGGUGUUCUAUCUUCUUGACAAUGGAGCUAGUUUAGAUAUAAAGGACGAUGCAGGCAAUCUACCAAUCGACUAUGCUAAGGACCACGUGAUCAAUCAGAUGAUCUUGCUAAGGUCACCUAUAGAAGAUAUUGUAUAUUCAAAAGGCGAGAUCACACUUACAGUCUUACGAGAGCUACGUUUCGACCUUCACGAAGAUGAAUCAGUUGCCUGCUAUGGAAUCAGAUGUGAUCCUCCACAUAUGGUCUUCCAGUAUCCUGUUGAAAUUAAAAUACCCCACUCUUCAGUGGUCAUUAAUCCAGAUCAAGUGAAACCAGACAUCGUUUCUCGUGUAUGGGACUCGGUUAAGGAUCUACCAAGAACUUCAAGACAGAGAUCAUCCAACUCAUCGGACGAGCCACCAUACUGCAGAAUAUACGAAAGGCAUCUAGAGCUCUACAUCACUCACUGUGCUGACUGGUGGGUUCUUAUUCCUCUUGAACAACAGGUGAUCCGACAGAAACUUAUGUGCACUCCAUACAUCCCAGAUAAGAUAGAGAGGGGUCAAGAAUUUUCAAUAAAUCUCCAGAUGUAUAACGAUCUUCCUGGGACCGAACGGAUUUUACGAGAGGAGGCGAAGCAACAAUUUUACCACAGAUGUCACUGCUCAGUUCCUUUCAGCAUUGAACCCAGGUCUGGUGACGUCACGAUCACGUGCCAACGUGAUGGAGAAGAAAUCGAAAGCCAGGUCCUCUCUGUGAGGGAUCUUCAAACCAAGAUGAAACAGUGCGUUUCACUAUACGUACCUCCAUGUACAGAUGAUGUUGACUUUACAGCGAUUACAAUAAUAAUUGCACAAACUGGAAAGCACGGGAUAUCACGAUCUAUUGCUUUUGUUCCAAGAUACAUAGAUGGACCAGAGUGGCCAUCUCCAUCUGAACACAUAGACUUCAGUCGGUAA